UCUCAGCUCCCACAGGCAGCUCGGAGUCCCCCUGCUCUGGACGGCCGCACCGCUUCGUCUGGCCUGAGAACACGCUGCAAAGCCCUCUCUGCUCUACACACUGCCCACCCUGGGGGUCCUGGCCAUCCCCAGCUGCUCUGCUUGGUAACCCAGCCAAGGAGGCUGCUGCAUUUGCUGGUCUGCUGCCUCUCUCUCCUUUGGCUGGCCCAUUAUUCACUGUAGCGCCCAGUCCAUACGCCUGCCUGCCAUGCCCAUGGGCAGCCUCUCUGCUGUGCUGUUGCUGGCCACAAUGGGCCUGUGCGUCAGCGAUGAAGCCAUCCACUGCCCACCCUGCUCGGAGGAGAAGCUGGCUCGCUGCAAGGCACCAGUGGGGUGUGAGGAGCUGGUGCGGGAGCCUGGCUGUGGGUGCUGUGCCACCUGUGCCCUGAGCAAAGGGACGCCUUGUGGGGUUUACACUGCCCGCUGUGGCUCGGGGCUCCGCUGCUACCCACCCCGGGGGGUGGAGAGACCCCUGCACACGCUGAUGCAUGGGCAGGGGAUCUGUACAGAACUGUCUGAGAUCGAGUCCAUCCAAGAGAGCCUGCAGCCUCCAGAAAAGGAGGAGAUUGAUCACCCCAACAACAGCUUCAGCCCCUGCAGCAUCCAAGACCGGAAAUGCCAUCAGAAGCAGCAGGCGAAAUCCCGUGAGCGGGCCAACAACGGUGUCAAGAUGAGGAGUACGCACAUCCGGGAUGAGACAAGGCCAAUAGCGCAGGGUUCCUGCCAGAGUGAGCUGCACAGAGCUCUGGAGAGACUAGCUGCCUCCCAGGGCCGAACUCAUGAGGACUUGUACAUCAUCCCCAUCCCAAACUGUGACCGCAAUGGAAACUUCCAUCCGAAGCAGUGUCACCCGGCUCUGGAUGGGCAACGUGGGAAAUGCUGGUGUGUGGACCGGAAAACAGGCGUCAAACUGCCAGGCUUCCCCGAGCUGAAAGGGGACUUGGAUUGCCACCAGCCAGCUGAUGGCGUGCGAGAGUGACCCCAUGGUAAAAGGGGACUAUGAGAUUUCCUUGGCGACCUGCUGAGGCUGAACAAACCCAUUGGUGCUGUCUAGGAGUGGGAAGGAAGGGACACUACCACAAAACAACUCCCUGUGCCCAGGGGAUCCCAAGCUGUACUCUCGUCCCAGGCAGAACGGCACCCCCAUCCUGCAAAACAUCGAUGCCCUGCUCUGCAGCCGCUACCUGCCCCUCUUUGAUCCUCACUUUGAUCCUACCCCCAGCUCUGGACAUGGACCUGGGGGCUCCUGCCUGCCCCAGGCUACAGACCAGGCUUGGGUUAGGCACAUGUGCCAAAAUGACCACUAGCUACGGACACCACAAGGGCUUUCCCAUUUGGGACACCUCCUGCCAUCCUUUCCCCCUUUCUGACAGCCUCAAGGGGGAUAGUCCCCUCCCCAGCCUGUCCCACUUUGCUCCAGCCCAGGUAGCUGGGAAAAGGUUUCUCUUGUCAAGGGACAGCUGGGGGCUCUUUGCCAGGGCACAGAAAUUAUGGUAGUGGCUGCGGUGUCUGCACAGCCUCCCCUACCCCCCUGCAUUCUCUGCUCCCCGUGGCUGCUAAAGGGAGCUGUGGAGUCCCCAGCACAGGUGUGGGGAUGUGCUGCAUCUAUUUUGAGGGAAGCAGGGGCUAUUUUGAGAUCACUAUGCCAAAGUUCAAAGAAGGAGAGAAACAGAAAUAGCCUCCAAGUCUUGGCUGCCACCGAGCAUUUGGCAUACGUUACAUACUGGGUUAUGUUCCUACUCAACAAGGCUGCAGGGCUGUUGUGUUCUCAGCCCUGUCUCCCACCCCACAAACUGUUUUUAAUGUGAUCACACCAUAAUGGGUGCAAGGAUUUCCUAGUGUCCCACCCCCUCUCUUCUAUGCUGGCAUAUUGCCAGGGCGAGUUUAAAGCACAGGACCUAGACGCUCCUGCCCAUGAUCUAGGUCCUGGAGUCAUGUCAUUGCACCAGAGCCUCAGCUUUCCUGGAAA